GUUUCAAGGUCUGGGGAAAGGCGAUUGUCUCUCUCCACCAUAUUCACACUUACCCUUCUUUGGUUUUUAGUGGAGAAAUCGCAGUUUAGAAAGAAGCAUCUUCCCGGAGUGUCUUUCUGGAGUUCGCCAGUAAAGUUAGCAGAGCAAGAGAGAGGAGAGGAUGGCGGUGAGCAACAACAUAACGGCGGCGCUGAAUUUCGUGGCGCUGCUGUGCUCGGUGCCGAUCAUCGGCGCGGGCAUCUGGCUGGCGUCGAAGCCGGACAACGAGUGCGUGCGCCUCAUCCGGUGGCCCCUCAUCAUCCUGGGCGUCCUCAUCCUCCUCGUCUCCCUCGCCGGCUUCGUGGGUGCCUUCUGGCGCCUGCAGUGCCUCCUCGCCCUCCACCUACUCUGCAUGCUCAUCCUUAUCCUCCUCCUCCUCUUCUUCACCAUCUUCGCCUUCGUCGUCACCUCCCCCAACGGCGCCGUCUCCGUCCCCGGCCGCCAGUACCAAGAGUUCCGCCUCUCCGGGUUCUCCGGCUGGCUCCGCAACUACGUCACCAACUCCGGCAAUUGGGCCCAGAUCCGCACCUGCCUCUCCUCCUCCGACGUCUGCCCCUCCCUCGCCCGGGAGUACUCCUCUCCCGACCAAUUCUUCGCCUCCUCCGACAUCUCUCCCCUCCAAUCUGGAUGUUGUAAGCCUCCGACGAUGUGCGGCUACAACUAUGUGAAUCCAACGCUCUGGGUGAACCCGAUCAAUCCGGCCGCGGACACAGACUGCUAUCUGUGGAGCAACGAUCAGAGCCAGUUAUGUUAUAACUGCAAUUCCUGCAAGGCUGGGCUGCUGGGAAACAUGAGGAAGGAGUGGAGGAAGGCCAAUGUAGUGCUGAUUGUGACUCUGGUGGUGCUCAUAUGGGUGUACAUGAUCGCCUGCAGCGCCUUCCGGAAUGCCCAGACGGAGGCGCUCUUUCGUCGGUACAAACAGGGAUACGUCUGAACUUGAUUCUCCACCGGUCUGUUACUUUGAGCCCGUGAGCUUUCUCUCUUAGCUCUCCUUCUCCAGACGAUGUAUAUUAGAUCAAUGAAGGUAACCCAGAACAGCCUUCUUUUCUGUAUGAAUGUUUUGGCAGUGCAUUCUAGUUGGUUGAUCCUGUUCUUGGACAUCCAUGGUCUCCUAGAGAACAGAAAAUGAAACUUGAAUGCAACCCAGGUGGGUCUGGGGGCGCCAUGGGUGGAGCUCGAAAAUGGUCAAAUUUUUAAAAGUUUGAAUAUGAAAAUAAAGAAAAUUUCUCUGAAA